UCCCCUCUGUCUCUUUUUCUGAAAUUGGUUAAAGACAGAGUCCCCUCUUAAAAAGCUUCUUUAAAUUCCGUUUGAUCUCACAGAAAUCUCCCAAUUUACUGCAAUUUCUCCUCAAUCGUCUUCCGCCAUGACGGACAGAGUCCACCCAAACACGGCGGCGGCGGCGACGGCGAACGGCGCUCCGGCGCCCAAGCCCGCUCCAUUUCCGGCCACGAAGUCGCAGCUCUACGGAGCAAGUCGCCCUGCCUACCGCCCUCAGCCGCACCACCGCCGCCGCCGCAGCCGCAGUUGCUGCUGCUCCGUCUGCCUCUGGUUAUCCCUAAUCAUCAUCCUUCUAAUUUUCCUCGUCGCCAUUGCAUCGGCGGUGGUUUACCUAAUCUACCGUCCACAGCGGCCGUCCUUCACCGUCUCCGCCAUGAAACUCUCCUAUUUCAACAUCACAUCCUCUUCACUCCUCAAUUCGAAGUUCGAUGUCAACGUCACCGCCAGAAACCCUAACAAAAAGCUCGUGUUCACUUACAAUCCGGUCUCGAUUUCAGUAUUCUCCAAGGAAAUCGAUGUCGGCGACGGAUUAUUGCCUGGAUUCGUGCACGAAACGAAGAACACUACUCUGUUGAAGACCUCCAUAAUCAGCAGCCGUCAACAGCUCGAUAGCUCGUCGGAGAGCACCUUGAAGAGUGCGAUGAAGAGCAAGAAAGGUUUGCCGUUAGCGAUUCAACUCGAUACGAAGGUGAAAUUGAAGAUGGGAGCACUGAAAAGCCCUAAAAUCGGUAUUCGAGUUUCUUGCGACGGAAUUUCAGUAAGCGUUCCCACCGGAAAAUCGCCGGCCACCGCCACGACUUCCGGCGCGAAGUGUAAGGUUGAUCUCAGAAUAAAGAUCUGGAAAUGGACCAUCUGAAAACAACACAGCAGAAGAACAAUUGAAGAACAAGACGAAGGCGAUGAAGAAAAGGAAGAAAAAAAGGUCUUUGGUUUUAUUUUAUUACCUUUUUUGUAUUUUUUUUCCCGAAAUUUAAUUUUCGCCAUCUUUGAUUAUAUACUUUUUUUUUUAAAUUUUUCGUAACUAUAUUUUUUUUUCUACUUUUUUGUCCAAAUAUAUUUAGAAUAUUUUGUAAAUGGAAGCAAGCCUGAUGAUUGAAUUGUGCUUAAGAAUUUUAAUUUUUGCA